GCCUUCCUACUUCCGCUUGUUCUCGCCGCCAGCUCUGCGUUCCUGGGGGUUGGCGUGUGGGUGAUCUGCAGCCAUUUGCUCACUGCAGACAUCCCCGCAGCCAUCAGCCACCCGCUGAAACUGCGGGUCCUACAUUGCCUUUUCCUGCUGUUGGUGACGUGGGGGAUGAUUUUUGAGAAACUGAGAAUCUGUUCUAUGCCCCAGUUUGUCCGUUUCAUUCAUGAUCUGUGGCCACUGAAGGAGGAUCCAGAUGUCUUGGUCACAGACCUCUACUACGGGACAAUCCCUGUGAAGCUGUACCAGCCCAAGGUGUCCUCCUGCGUCCCCAGGCCUGGCAUCGUGUUCUACCAUGGCGGCGGGGGGGUCCUGGGGACCCUGAAAACCCAUCAUGUCAUAUGCUGCCGUCUGUCCAAGCAGAGUGGCUCCGUGGUCCUAGCAGUUGGAUACCGCAGCCCACCGCAGCAUAAAUUCCCAGUGGCGACAAGAGACUGUAUUGCAGCCACUAUCCACUUCCUGAAGUCCCUGAAUGUGUAUGGGGUGGAUCCAGAUCGGGUCGUGGUCUGUGGUGACAGUGUGGGAGGAGGACUGGCCAUGACAAUUUGUCAAAAAUUUCUUGGCCGUCCAGAUCUCCCCAAGAUCCGUGCUCAGAUCCUGAUCUAUGCUGUUUUGCAAGCUUUGGAUUUUCAAUCUCCUUCCUAUCAGCAGAACAAGAAUAUCCCAAUGCUCAGUUGGAAUUUCACCUUCUACUGUUGGAGUCUUUACCUGGACAUCAACCCCUCCUGGAAAAGCACCGUCAUGAAAGGUGCCCAUUUGCCUGCUGAAAUCUGGGAAAAGUAUAGAAAGUGGUUAGGUGCAGAAAACAUCCCGGAGAGGUUUAAGAAGAGAAGUUACCAGCCGGUGCUCCGUGAGCCCCUAAACGAGGCUGCCUAUCUGGAGACAAACAUCGCUCUGGAUUUGAUGAACUCACCCCUGAUUGCAGAAGAUGAAGUCAUGUCUCGGCUUCCCGAGACUUGCAUUGUGAGCUGUGAGUAUGACCUUGUCCGGGACAGUUCCCUGUUGCUCAAGAAGCGCUUGGAGGACCUGGGGGUCCCAGUGACAUGGCACCACAUGGAGGAUGGUUUUCAUGGAGUGCUUAACACCCUCGACAUGGGCUACCUUCAAUCCCCCUGCUCCACGAGGAUUCUAAAUGCAGUAGUCCACUUUGUAAAUGAGUUGUGA